ACCCCGGGGCGGGCUGGGUCGGGCCCAGCGGCUGGAGCCCGGCCUCGGCAGCCAGAGGCCGGCGAAGACUGUCUCUGCUCCGGCGGCGGGGAGAGGGACGGCAGUGGGAAUCCGAGCCUUCGCUGUGGCCAUGUCUAUGUCAGCCAGGGGCCGUGGCCCCGCGAACCUGCACCCGCUGGCCAGGCCCGGCUGGACACUCAUACCUCCCCGCGGGUGCGGCAAAGGGCAGUAGUAACCCGCACCCUCUGAACGUCCUGGGCACCCCCAAGAAACAGGAGAACUCAAAGGAUGGCUGCUGACAUGCAGAGGAAGAGAAGCAGUGAAUGUCCUGAUGGCACAUUGGCUCCUUCUGAUGGGCAGAGUCUGGAAAGAGCUGAGAGCCCUACGCCAGGACUGUCCCAGGGGAUGGAGCCAGGUGCUGGGCAGGAGGGUGCCAUGUUCGUCCAUGCCCGUUCCUAUGAAGACCUGACUGAGUCAGAGGAUGGGGCAGCUUCUGGGGACAGCCCUAAGGAGGGUUCUGGGGGUCCCCCACCACUGCCUACAGAUAUGCGCCAGAUCAGCCAGGACUUUAGCGAGUUAAGCACGCAGCUGACAGGUGUGGCCCGUGACCUGCAGGAGGAAAUGCUGCCAGGAAGUUCUGAAGACUGGCUGGAACCCCCAGGGACAGCUGGGCGACCAGCCACAGAGCCCUCCAGAGAGGGUUCCACUGAAGGGGAUGAGGAGGAUGCUAUUGAGGCAUGGCGCCUCCACCAAAAGCAUGUCUUUGUGCUGAGUGAGGCAGGGAAGCCUGUGUACUCCCGCUACGGGUCUGAGGAGGCACUUUCCAGCACUAUGGGUGUCAUGGUGGCCCUGGUGUCCUUCCUGGAAGCAGACAAGAAUGCCAUCCGCUCCAUCCAUGCAGAUGGCUACAAGGUAGUGUUCGUGCGCCGGAGCCCACUGGUGCUGGUGGCGGUGGCACGCACCCGGCAGUCUGCACAGGAGCUGGCACAGGAGCUGCUCUACAUCUACUACCAGAUCCUGAGCCUUCUUACGGGUGCUCAGCUGAGCCACAUCUUCCAGCAGAAGCAGAACUACGACCUGCGGCGCUUGCUCUCUGGCUCCGAGCGCAUCACAGACAACCUGCUGCAUCUUAUGGCUCGAGACCCCAGUUUCCUGAUGGGGGCUGCACGUUGUCUGCCACUGGCUGCGGCUGUGCGGGACACAGUGAGUGCCAGUCUGCAGCAGGCGCGUGCGCGCAGCCUGGUCUUCUCCAUCUUGCUGGCCCGCAACCAGCUCGUGGCGCUGGUGCGUCGCAAGGACCAAUUCCUUCAUCCCAUCGACCUGCACCUGCUCUUCAACCUCAUUAGUUCCUCCUCGUCUUUCCGCGAGGGCGAGGCCUGGACGCCAGUGUGCCUGCCCAAAUUCAAUGCUGCUGGCUUCUUCCACGUACAUAUCUCUUAUCUGGAGCCUGACACUGACCUCUGUCUGCUGCUCGUCUCCACUGACCGGGAGGACUUCUUUGCAGUCUCUGACUGCCGCCGUCGCUUCCAGGAGCGCCUUCGGAAGAGAGGAGCUCACCUGGCACUUCGGGAGGCACUGCGCACACCCUUCUACAGUGUUGCUCAAGUGGGCAUCCCUGACCUGCGCCACUUCCUCUAUAAGUCAAAGAGCUCAGGACUCUUCACCAGUCCAGAGAUUGAGGCUCCAUAUACCAGUGAAGAGGAGCAGGAGCGGCUACUGGGCCUCUACCAGUAUCUGCACAGCCGUGCCCACAAUGCCUCCCGCCCACUCAAGACCAUCUACUACACAGGCCCCAACGAGAACCUCCUAGCCUGGGUGACAGGUGCCUUUGAGCUCUACAUCUGCUACAGCCCCCUGGGGACCAAGGCAUCAGCUGUCAAUGCCAUCCAUAAGCUGAUGCGCUGGAUCCGUAAAGAGGAAGAUCGUCUCUUCAUCCUCACACCCCUUACCUAUUGAUGGGAGUGUGUGUGGACUCAGCCCUCCCAGGCCCACUGGGUAUGGGAAGCCAUGGGAGCCUCCAGGUGAGGCUGAAUUCUCCUGUCCAGCCAACAGUCAGGGACUGUGGGUUGGUGCGUGCAUUAAAGUGCUUUGGUAAGACAA